AUGUGCACGGCUCAAAACAACCUCGGAAACGCGUACUGGCCUGUACGACUCUACGUCCGACGUACGUUCUUCUGUCUUGAUGUCCAUAAUGGCAGUGGAUGUAAUGCACUGCACACGAAAGGGCGAGUUGAAAUUGGAACCAAAAUAUCCUGCGAUUGUUGAUGAAUAAACGCAACAUAGAACUAUAUAAUGCUGUUCCUCUUUUUUUAAAUAAGAUAAAAGACAUUGAAAUUAAGGCGUGAGAGUUUUACAGUUGCAGGUACAGUAGAGAUGCAAUCUCAUGUAAUGUCAACCAAAAUUCUGAAAUGCGCUUUGAUUAGAGAGAUUAUCUAAGUAGAGUUGGAAUACAAGUUACUGUGCAGCAUGAUCAAGAGAUAUUUCUGUCACGUAUGCCAACUUAUUAAUGGGCUUCUUUCUGACCAUCUUUGAAAACAAAACUCCAUAAGUGACGAGCACUUAUGUACUAUGAAGUUCCCUCAGUGACUUAAGUUGCUCUCAUAUAUGAAAAUGCAUUUUAUAGAAAAAAAAUGCACGAAGAUAUUACUUCUUAUACUCGUUUUGUAGCAGUUCAGGGCUUCUACUCAAAGAAAUAUCGUUCUGCUUAAAAAGUUUAUAAUUAUGGGAUUUUUAAGACAGCGAAGUGCCCAAUCAUGCGACAUAGCAUCAUCAUGCUUAUGAAGUUGACUGAAGGUGACAUCUUAAUAGCUUGUGCAAACGUACGAUUUUCCCUAUAGGGUAAGCAUACGGCCUGUAGUUUGGAAACCAUGAAUGCGAGUGUAACGGCAAGUCGGGUUCAAAAUUAUUCGGAAACCAAAAAGGUUUCCUUUGACCGAAAGAUAAUCUUUCUUCAAGCAUAAAAUUCGGAUAUGGCGUCAUUUACUACCAAAUGAGUAAAAGAAAGAAUACUUUGUGCAUGUCAUUUAUAAAAUGUACUUGAAUUUUUAAGGGCAUCGAGAAGAAAUGGUACAAAUACAUACUACUUACGUCGUCGUUUUUGCAGAGAAAGAGGCUCAUUCAAAAGCUGGCAUUCUGAUGUGACUAAAACAUCUUGGAAUCUUGUUGCACGUUAAUUAAUGCGACAAAUCCCACUUUAACAAACUUAUCUAAUUGAAAACACAUUUCAGACUUUAGGCUAAUAUUUCAUGAGAUAGCACAUGUAAUGCACUUUACCAUAUGCGACCAAGGCAUAGGUUUUCUAUUCUUCCAUGGACCAGCAUGAGUGCAGGUGUUAUUUACAGACUUUAAAACUCCGCUCUGUCCACACCUUUCGGCUGCCUCCUAGACUUGUUUUUAAUGCUAAGAGCACUUUGUGAUUUAUCGGCUGAUUGAUCUGACCUUUAUUUCUUCUUAGAUGCACCUCACCUUAGGAUCUUCACGGUCCUACCAGCACCUCGGUUCAGCUGUAACGUUCAGCUUCUCUGUGAAAUCACAGCCAAUCCUGCGCCUUUGUCGACCCAGGUCCAGUGGACCAAUCAGACAGGUCAGCAGAUCCAGAAUGCGCCCGGGUAAGUCUACCUCUCGAGUAUCCCUAAACAAUUUCUUCAAAAUUGUGCUGAAAUCCACUCGAUUGAUGGAUGCGAACUCAGUGGAGUCGCUCGCGUGUAGGGAAUUCCUAAUGCUGAACAGGUUGAACGUAUUGUAAAUUGCUGGCCAUCGGGAGUGCUCUUCGAUGAGAAGGGACAUAGAAUACCGUGUUUGGACAACUACGGUGUCAUAUAACCAGCUUCCGUUAAAAUACUUGCAGAAAAGGGAGGAAUUUCUUGUGCUUCCCACUGCCUCCUACGCCUAAAUUCUCAAAUGCGUUUUCAGAUCAAAUGGAUUACUAAAGUAGGGUGGUUCAUGUUAAUUAAUGUGUCGCAUAAUAUCAAGAUAUUCCUUAUCGACCGCACGCGUAAACUACUUUCUGUAAAUGAGGGCUAUUUAAGUAGUAUGAAUUUUGCCCACUGAUUUUCAAUGACCCCAUAAAUUUAAAUAUAUUUUACAGAAACCAUGCAAAAAGUAUCAUUUAUUUUACUAAUUUGGUAACAAAUUACGUCGUCUUUAAAUUCUCAACCUAAAGAAGGAGUACAUUCAGUCUUUAAAAAGUCUCAAUUACGAGACUACUCAAGACUAUGAAAAGUCUGAUCGUAAAGCAUUGCACCACCACAUAUAUUAAGGUUGUUUAUGAACAACAUGGUUCAAAACCAUUACAAAAUUUGGUGAGUCCUCUAGGUCCUCUACAUAAAAAAAUACAUGGUUUCCCUUGCAUAAAAAUUAUACAGCUUGUAGUUCGGAACCCUGAAUGAGAGUGUAAAGUCAAGUCGGCUUCAAAAGUAUUCGAGGAUUGAAGUUUUUCAAAAUCUAUAGAUACUCUUUCUUUAAGUAUAAAAUUUGAAAAAAACUUCUUUAAGAAGACGUUAUCCCUUUAUACUACAACAACCAACUGAAAGCGUAAAAACCUGUCAUGUUGGUUACAAUCUCCUAUGGCGCUGAUAUCCACCAGAGAACCCAGUAUAUUUAAUCUCAUCAGUCCUAAAUCGACAAAUGCUACUUUCAUGUGAUUAAAUAUUCCGGGAAUGAGCCGACCGGAGGUUGGCCCCUUGCUUAAACCGUACAGCUUUUGGGCUUCGAAGUGGCAUAAUCAGUUGACCCAAGUUCAAAAACCAGGCCCACUAAAGCCUAGAGUUGAGGUGUAGCUGAUUACUGACGUUCAGCUUGUCAGAAUUAGACAUUCCGGCUCUCCUAUUUCCGUCGGAGACAUCUUUCGGUCAUUGGUCCCUAGUCCGGUAAAGGCCUGAACACUUAUAUGUAUGAUCUGCCCACGACUGAGCCCGCGCAGUGGAGCAGUGGGGGGCCUCGGCGACUGGAAUGAUCGAACUGUUGGAAUUUGAAGUGCAGUUAUCUUGACUCAAGUCGCUACAUAACAGGGAGGAGCAAGGUCUUGAACCGUUACCUCCAAGGGAUGAGUAAGAGUUUUCCUAUGUAACGAGACACUACUGAUUAGGCAGAACAGACUACUAUUUGCUUUGAGCGUGAACUAUCUGAAUCAAUCCACUAUUGAACCCUGUCGCUUGAGACGAUCGCAUUGCUUAGACUCGAAAAACUAUUACUUGAACUAAAGUCGCAACAACACCGGACGAAUGAAUAUCUCGAAACGUUACUUCUCAAAGUUCGGUAAACUUUUUCUAACGCAAUUAGGCAUUACCGAUUAAUGGUAUUGACGUAAGUUAUGUCGUUCCCGCGAACUAACGAACUACGGCUUACUAACCUCAUAAACGGAGAGAGGUAAGGAAGGCCAGUAAGUGAAUAAAGUUAAUAUUCAAAAUGUUCAACGACCUGACCAAAGAGCAUGCAAGCGGCUCGAAGCUUACAAGCGGCGGAGUACUCGUCACGUUAAAACAAAUGCUACAGUAAAACAAACGUGACAAGAUUGUCAAAGGUCAAGUAGUCAAGUACUUCAGCACAGUACCCCCCCCUCCGAGACCGGAGGGCGGCGUGAACGACGCCGGAGGACAUACAAAGGUCUAGGAGAAAUGAGUAAGUAGACAAUCGGGAAAGUGAACGUGACGUCCACUGCGGAUGAUAUAUGCGGGAGGCACUGCUGGAGGCAGCUGAGUAGGUGUUGUAGUGGACAAGUUAAGGGUGGAGGAAGAGGUUGCAGUUUGGUGCUGCGAACAAGAAGGAAGAGGAAGUAUACUGGACGGAGUCAGUCGUCUAGGCCGUGCGAAAACUGGGGGGCCAGAGGUGCGAAUGUGGUGGACAACGUCAUGCUGGAUCUCACCACUGCGAAACUGGGGUUUGAUUAUGUUGGGGUGUUGGAGGAGCAGGUCUCGGUAUGGGCAAGCAAUACCUGUGUCCAGAACAGAUAAAUUGCAGGAGUCAUUAGAGAGUGUAAGACCGCGAACAGAAAGACCAGUUGUGCGGUCGAGGAGACAGGAACGCUGACAGUCAACAAGGAGAUCAAACUCGGCUAGGAAGUCGGAACCAAGGAUCGCAUGAGGCAUAUCGGCAAUCACAAAAAUCCAGGAGAAUGAUCGACGUAAACCAAUGUUUAGCGUUAGGGAACGACUACCAAAAGUGGAAAUGGGGGAACAGUUUGCAGCUUUGAGAUGUAGACCAGGGCUGGGAUAGCGGCGGUCAACUGGAGUGGGGGGAACCACGCUGAUCUGGGCUCCGGUGUCCACCAGGAAACGCCUGCGAGUGUAAAUAUAACCAUAACGUAUGGUAUAACUAUAAACAAUCUGACGCGCUUGAAUUUAUCACGGAGCGCUAAAAGGCGUGACUUGGAAGGCUGACCUCUCAGUCAGCCCGGUGUGUGUUUGUGUAGAAUAGCGGGUUGGCGGACUAAGACUUAGACAGCAAUGGCUUCCUCUUGAUGUGGCCUCUAUGGCACUCCCACUCCCUAUUAUCCGAGCCGGACGUAGCGGCACACCUAAGGGCGGCUCCGACCGUGCCAGCCACCUGCGCCAUCUCCCACCUCAGGUCCUUUUGAAUUUGUCAUGACACCGGGCCGAGGUGGAGGAGAAGGAGGAGGAAGAGGAGGAGGAGGAGGGGGAGGAAGAAGAAGAAGAAGAAGAAGAAGAAGAAGAAGAAGAAGAAGAAGAGAGACUGCAGUAGACUGCCAACAGAAGCGAAGAGACGAGUCCCAGGAGGCAGUCAUAAAGAGGAAGACACGAUCGCUGGGACAAGACCAUUAUUAUCCUGACGUUUCGAUUCCUGCUCUAACCCAUCAUCAGAAAAAAGGCCGAUACGGGUAGUUCAUGCCGAAGAGGCUGCAGUAUUUAUAGGAUGCAGUCGCCAUGCUAUCGCAUGACUAUGAAUAUUCACGCUUCCCCCCCCCUCCCCUCUUAAUCGGGGAUCGUUGCACUCUAUGUCUUGCUAGUCUCGCUUGUAAUCGGGGAUCGUUGCACUCUAUGUCUCGCUUGUCUUUCGCCGUACGCAAAAAUACUUGUCACCCUUAUAAGCGCCCAUUUCCAGCGUCUUCAGGGAGACGGCUGAUAUCCCAGACCAUAUGGUGGACCCACCAUUGUGAAAAUAAACACAAUAAAAUAACGUAAAGUAUGGUUUGCCUGCUAACAAGGAGUCGCCACCAAAUUGACAAAGGAGGAAACCGCACUUUUAUUUUGAAGCAGGACAAUUAUGCGUCAGAAAAUCUCAGCAUCGCGGUUCGAAGCCCGCAAAAGUGCUGAUUCUUUUAUUGCUGAACGGCGCGCUUAAUUCAAGAACUAAAUUUCCGUGGGGAUCAUGUGGGUGCAACUAGUUACUUAAUUAGCACGAGCGAACAAAGUGGAAAAAUUGGUUACGGUUGGCCAACUAAUCUCGCUGCAGUGUUAAAGCGGACUAACCUCCAUUAAUAAAUGGAAAGUGAAAAUUGGCCAUUUGAUUUCAAAAGCUUUUUUGCUAUACUUUCGGAUGUUAAAGUAGACCACAGUGUAGCCAUUCUGUGGAAGGGAAUAAGCUCAUGUUGCGAGAUUCACUGUAUUGGCAGUACAGGUACUACUAGCUAAAAGCCCAGACACUAGUUUCGUUAGAAGAAGUCUGUAGCUAAGGAUCUACUCCAAGGUAACCCAUUAAUUUCUGAAGAGGUUAAAAUGCUGAGAAGUAGCUCAGUUUUUUGCCUCUAGCGCCUGAAAUCAUCUUACUAUGACUACUCCGACACUUACGAUUAAACACCAAUUAUACCUAUCUACUUAUAAUAGCAAGUAAGUCUUUUUAUUCUAGUCGAAGAAUUGUCUACUUGGACGCCGGGCUCAACACAUUCCUGGCCCUGUCCCUUGAGCCAAUCACAGCAGCGGACCUGGGCAAGAAGUUUUCCUGCUACGCACAAAACACCUUCGGAAGCGCAACUAAGGAAUUUCUGUUAACCGGUUUGUCCUCAGGGAUUUUUGCAGCAAGCUGUUGCGACAGUUACACUUUUUUAUUACCUGCAACUCGGAAAAAAUUAUCCUUACUGCAACGCAUUAUGCUCGGAUCCGUCACCAGUCAACUAUGAAUUCGUAAUAAGUGACAGUGCCCAGUAGCAAUGUCCAAAGUGGCCAAAUUGCUGGAAAGGACUUCCUCUCGAGGGUCGGGACGUCAUGACCGACCGUGGUAAUCACAAGCUCUCGCUUAAGUUAGCCGGCCACAGCGAACUGUCGGUGAACAAGGGGCUCUAAGUGUCUGUUUAUGCUCGUAAACUCGAUAGAGAAGUUAGAAUUCGACCGGCAGAGCCCUUCCUAGGAUCCAGCUUAAGACCUGCUAGUAAUCCGACUACUCACAUCUGUUUUUUCUGUGCUUUAUUAUUUCAUUUCUGAUUUCGUGAGAAACUUGGUUCUGUGGAAAAUGAAUAUUUAUAAAACUAUCAGCUUCUCGGAGUUCAUGACAGCGCCGUUCAUGGCCAAUGCCAACACUAGGCUUUUUGCUGAUAGAAGCGAACAGGCGAGUUCUAGGUUACGGUUCAGAAAACGAGGAUCCGAUCAUUGGAACAAGAAAUUUAUUAGCCUGACGUUUCGGAUUCUCACUCGAAUCCAUCAUCAGAGACAUUCGCGGAUAAAGGUGAUGGUGGCACAAAGAGUGCAGUAUUUAUAGCACGUGGCUGCCGUGGACCGUAUGUGCACUGCAAUUAACAGUUCUCGCAAUCACCGCUGGGGUCGUAAUUGAUGCGGUGCUGGUCAACACAGAGCUGGCGAGACGCGCAGUACUUCAGCACGACCGGCGAAUGAUCCGAGGGCUCCUUAACAAUCGUCACACCAGCAUCCAGCACGGAUGACGAAAUCACGGCAAUUAACGACUCGGACUCGGACCGACAAACCACUGCCGCAUCAAUUACGACCCCAGCGGUGAUUGCGAGAACUGUUAAUAGCAAUGCACAUACGGUCCACGGCAGCCACGUGCUAUAAAUACUGCACUCCUGGUGCCACCAUUACCUUUAUCUGCGAAUGUCUCUGAGGAUGAAUUCGAGUGAGAAUCCGAAACGUCAGGCUAAUAAAUUUCUUGUUCCAGUGAUCGCAUCUUCAUCUUCUGAACUAGGCUUUUUUAUGGUUUUGCGUGCAGUUAACGAAAAUUACCGUAGAAAACUUACCCUGGCACUCAUGCAGUAGUGAUUUGGCCUCCCGCUUAGAGAAGUUCCAUAUUUGCCGAACCUCUACGCUCUUUGGUUUCGCUAGGAAGAUGUCUGACCUCUCUUUGAUCCUCCCUAACUUCUCAACCAAGGAAAUCUUUGAGUCCAGUUUAACUUAGGAUUAUUUCUAUCGAAAGGAGAUAGUAGGCGGACAUAUUUAUACGUUUUUCGAAUCUCUUUUGAGAAAUAGACACGCAUUUGCCACAUGUAGCCUUUUGGCACUGUUAGUAAUUUAAUGCUAACUGAAAGUGAGCUAGGAGAAUUGGGUUCGAAGCACUACCGUCACGAGUUAAGAUAAAGCAGCCGUCAAAGCAUCACCUAUAAUUGACAGUCGCCUUAACUAAUAGCUGACUAGACGGUAACAAUCGGGAGAUGGCACCCAAAAAAUCCGUCACCUAGAAAUUAUACCUUCAACAGUGGACUCAAACGUCUUCAGGCUAUAUCAGCGGUUUCAGGCCUUUUUCACGCACUACUUGGACUUUCCACGACGGCCUAAUAUGGGCUGGCCGAACGAACAUCGCGGGAGGUUACAUGGACGAUGGUCGCUGUUACCCAACCUUCGCCAUCUUUACACACGUACACCUGAAUAUACGGCAUACAUUCGCAUUAUGGCAGUUUAUUACAAAACAAAAACACUUUUAAAUAGGAUAAGUCUGCAUAACAUGGGACAGGAACAGUUCCCAGGCAUCUGUCAAAGACAUGGCAUUGAGGCCAAACCAAAGACCAUACUGUACUUCGUCUAUGUGAGCCCACACAGCUCGACCACAUACAGGGCCUCCCUCGUGGAGUUUUCUUUUCUGUCUACUCCAGUAUGCCUCAAUGGCAUUGGGGUGCCGUCUGGUGGUAGGGACCUUGAAGUUCUUCGAGUGGUUAACAGAGAAAUGUAGAUAACCUUCUGAGGGAAGACGAUCAUACGCCUUCCACUCGUUUGUUACCACUAUACUGCCUUUGGCGACCCAUUUUGUAAUAACGGAACGGAGAGCGGGCCAACUUCGAUCAUUCUCCUGUUCAAAUAAGGCUUUCCGUCGGCUAGUAUCCUACAUACCGACCUGCCACCACCCAUAAAACCCCUAUUACCACCUGUCCCGUAAGACAGGCUGCUUUGGCUAGGUGGAUUUUUUUGGGUGCCAUCUCCCGAUUGUUACCGACUAGGCAUCACAGUAUUUGUUUUAAUCCCUGAUAUCUCCAUAAUCACCGCUUUCAGAAGCUUCAGAGCAGUCAACCCCGCAAUUUCCUUUGAUUCACAAUGGUCUUUAUGAGUGUAAUUUUUGCUCAUCUCUGGCGACAAAACAGGAUCAGCAAUGUCAGUUUGCCAAAAUCUCCAUUGAGAAAUUCAGAGAACGAUGUGGCAAACAUAUCCCUUUUUACGAUCGAUUCUCGUCAGGCCUACAUAUAUGCACAUUUUGAUGGUUGUUGAGGUAGCUAAAACGUGUCCGUCUCGACCUUGACCAAGUGUUGCUGAUUAGCUUUGACUAUUCUCUUCCCUCCUUCCACCUGUCUGAACCAAUCAGCACAACGCCACUUUCCUAAAAUCACACCGCCAUUUUCUUUAAUCCAGAGAAAGCUAGGCUGGAUUGGGAUCGAGCCGGCAGUAAACGCUUUAUCACUGCUCAAGAUUAAUGGAGUUUUAUGGAAGUGCGGAUAGAAGGCUGAACACCCGUGUGUUCAUCACUAAAGUAAUGAUUCAGUCUCCCUUCUACGCAAUCAACAAAAAUCCCCUCUUAACCGCAGCCUUUGUCAAAGGUCUUUGACAUUUGGAGUGGCGGUUCUUCGUCCAGGUACUUGACCAGACACUGGAAUACGGACCUCCCCCCCCCCAAUAAUUCAGGUGGUUUUGCGCUAAAUUUCGGGGAGUACCACUACCCGUGUCCUAACGUCUGCCUUAACACUAACCCACGUAACCCUCCUGGUACUUAGUGCAAGGCCACCCGUGAUAUGGGGAGUCCAUAUUCCCAUGUGUCCUACCAGCUGCUGAAUAAUGUGGAAAGGAAAGCGUAGGUCUCUGCGACCGCACAUCCCGGAUUAUUUUGACACGAUAGUAAUAUCGCCACAUCUGACAAAAUCCAAUGAAACGCAUCUGUUUGCUACAGACAAAAGGGCAUACUGAAGAUAAGCUAUUCCGGCACGCAACUGGUGUUACUUUACUCCGCUUGACAUUUAGAGGGGCAUUUUGAUUUAAAUAAAGGGGUUAUUUACUUGCAUCUUUCAGACGCACUACUAACAGGGUCAACCAUCAUCCUCUUCGUUUUAGAAUCCUCCAUCUUGCCCGGUUGGUCUAUUAAUCGACCUCAGUGUGGAGCCCGUCUGCAACGCCUUUGUGAAUGGCUCGUUCUCAUCUUGAUGGCCCACGGUUUUGUGUGGCUGAAUUAACUGACUCCUUGUAUCCUUUUUUUCCUCCUCCCAAAUUUGGCCAAAUGGUUUUUGCCCUCAGGUGUACAUAUCAGGGAGACCGAUAAUCUCCUUGUGUAAAAUGCUGCAUGAAUCGAAUGCGUUAACGUAAACAAAUGUCUGUUGACAAGAUCCCUUCAGUUCAGGCGCUUAUUGCUCGCAGUAGAAAUGGUAAUGCCGCAUUCUCCAACUGUGGAGACUUAGGAAACACUGACAAAUACUGUUAAAUAUAAUGUUAGGGGGAGCUCACCGGUCUUUCUUACGGAACUCACUCGUUCCGUUGUGCCUUACGGGUUCUCUCUCGAGCCCAACCAGCAGCCGCACAGCAGCUCAUGAUAUAGGCAGUACGGUAUGACCAACAAAGACAAGGGAGACUGGAAUGGCCAUUUCUGGCUUAUUAACCGUCGUCAGCCAGUCAUACCCCACCUAUAUAAUGUGUUACACACUUCUACCCAACCAGUCCUGCGUUAGUCGUGCGCCGCUGUGCGGCUGCUGGUUGGGCUCGAGAGAGAGAGUCCGUAAGGCACAACGGAA